AUCCGUCUCUUGUUCGCAGGUUUCCUUGUCAGUGCGUCUGAUGCUCGAGUCGGAGUAACGUCUCUGUGGAUAAUCUCAUUGAGCUGUUCUUCUGAAUACAUCGAUAUGAAGGCGCUAACGGGGCUGCUGCUGUUGGUCUUUGGUCACGGUGUGUCCUCAGUGCUUCACUCUCUGCAGUAUUUCCUCACGGGGUCGUCUGGACUCACAGCCUUCCCAGAGUUUGUUGUUGUUGGGAUGGUGGAUGGAGUUCAGAUUAACUACUAUGACAGCAACACCCAGAGAGUAGUCCCCAAAGAGGACUGGAUGGAGCAGGUCAUCAGAGAUGACCCCAACUACCUGGAGAGGAACACUGGAACGGCUCAGGGUACCCAGCAGGUCUUCAAAGCCAACAUUGGGAUUGCCAAGCAGCGCUUUAACCAGACAGGAGGUGCCCACAUGUUUCAGUUCAUGUGUGGUUGUGAGUGGGAUGAUGAGGAUGAUUCUACUGAUGGUUAUCACCAGUUUGGUUAUGAUGGAGAGGACUUCAUAGCGUUCGACCUGAAGACCCUGACCUGGGUCGCUCCAGUACGUCAGGCUGUCACCACCAAACUGAGAUGGGAUCAGGAUAGAGCUCUGAAUCAACACAGGAAGAACUACCUCACCAAGGAGUGUGUUGAUUGGCUGAAGAGGUACCUGGCCUAUGGGAAGAGCACUCUGCAGAGAACAGAGCGUCCGCGGGUGUCUCUGCUCCAGAGGAGCCCCUCCUCCCCAGUGGUGUGCCAUGCUACAGGCUUCUACCCUGACAGGGUGGUGGUGUUCUGGAGGAGAGACGGCCUGGAGCUCCAUGAGCAGGUGGACCCCGGGGAGGUCCUCCCCAACCACGACGGGACCUUCCAGGUCAGCGUGGACCUCAACCUCACGGCCGUCCCACAGGAGGACUGGGGGAGGUACGAGUGUGUGGUCCAGCUGAAAGGCAUCGAGGACAUCUCCACCCCCCUGGACCCCGCCCUCAUCAGGACCAACGGGGUCAAGAGUGGCCUCACCAUCCCCAUCAUCAUUGGGUUGCUUGUUCUCCUCCUCGCUGCUGCUGCUGCUGCUGUUGGAGUCCUUCUGUACAAGAAGAGGAACGAUUCAGACCAGCGUCACAAACCAGUUGGUUCUGACACCAGCUCUGAGAACACUGAGGGGCAGAAUCCGGCUCCUGAGGCCCAACCUCUGACCACAGUCAGUACUUUACCACUUUACAAUACUUAUUCAGAGCAAGGCAAGGCAAGGCAAAUUUAUUUAUAUAGCACUUUUCAUACACAAGGCAGACUCAAAGUGCUUCACAUAUAAACAGUGUCAUACAAU